UGCCGACGUCAACGUCUCGGAUGAACUAUGGGUCGACCCCUGGUGAAGCUGACCACCCCCGAAUGCAACUUUGACGUCUGUGGCGAAAGUCUCGCAGCGUUUUCCUGUUCGGUCGAAACCAGAGCCUUGUCUAUUCACCCCGCACAAUAAUUGUUGUCCAACCGCUCGAAAGCCUCGCCGUGUCCCUCGUACAAGCUUCGGAGAUUCAGCCGCAGCGCGCCCAGUCAACACGGUAUGGUAGCGAAUAACGUGGUCACCGGAAUGCUUAUGGCGAUGAUCGUUUGCCCAAUCUGGCGGUUUGGGAGGGGUAUAAAGGGUUCAAAGAGUUGCAGCAGUCCGACCACCGCGGAUGUACGUAUGGAAGCAAGGAACUCGUGUUAAGAAAUUCAAGAUGCUGCCCGUCUUCGCCUUUACGCUGCUCUUAGCACUUGUCCGGGGCACGCUCUGUAACCCAGCCGACGGCUUGGUCGAUCUCGGGUAUGCAAAGCAUGUCCCGACGUACGUCAACACCACCGCCUCGGGCCAGCGCGUCGCCGUUUACAAGAACAUCCGCUUCGCCAAAGCCCCGACCGGCGAGCUGCGCUUCCGCGCCCCAGAUACAAAGCUUCCCCACGUAGAUGGGAUUCAAGAUGGCAAGGCCCCGUGGCCUGGGCCGUCUUGCAUCUCCUCGGCGCCUUCGUCCGUCCCAUUUCCUGGCCUUAACGGUACGACCUGGGGCAGUGAAGACUGUUUGUUCCUAGAUGUCUACGUGCCCGAGGGUGUACGGCCGGGAGACGAUGUGCCUGUGUUGCAUAACUUCCACGGCAGCGCGUACGCGUUUGGGAACAAGGAGAUCUUCUUCUACCCACUAGGUCUAUUCGAUCUAGCCCACAAGCAAAACGGGACCAAGUUUAUUGCUGUGGCCAACAACUACAGGAUGGGCGUUUCUGGCUUCACCUGGGCUGACGGCGAGGACCUCGACGGCAACGUCGGCAUGCUGGACUGCCUCGCCGCCGCCGAGUGGACGUCCCAGUACAUCCACAAGUUCGGUGGCGACAAGAAGCGCGUCACCGCCCUCGGGCAAAGCUCCGGCGCUGGUAUCCUCUACUACUUGAGCGUCCUCGACGGUGGUCAGGGGCGGCCACUACCCUUCCAGCAAAUCUUCAUCUCCUCCCCGGACGCAGUGCAACGCCGCAACGUCACGGCCCGCCAGCGGCAGCUCUUCGACUUAGUCCUCGACGCCGCCAACUGCACCAGCCUCGCAUGCUUGCGGUCAGCCCCCGAGGCGGCCAUGCUGCAAGUCAACGACGCGCUCAUCAACCACAUGCCCAGCACGGGCGGCGGCGGCACGCUGGGCCCCGUGCUCGGCUUCGGACCCGCACCGGACGGGCACCGCAUCCCCGACAUACCGGUGGCGCUGCUCCAGCAGGGCCGGACGCACCACAAGUCACUCUCCCGCCUCGUCCUCGGCAACAUGGCCGACGAGGGCGAGACGACGUCGUCGGACGAGGGCAUGCCGGGCGCCUUCGCCGAGGUGGCGCGCCGCCAGCUGACCACCGCCGACGACGACGCCAUCCAGGCGCUGCUGGACCUGUACUACACGCCCGGCUUCGAGCGCGAGCUGGCCUGGGACUGGACGACCGACUCCGUCUUUGCCUGCAACAACUACGCGCUGGCGGCCGCCCUGCCCCAGAAGGCGCUGCGCUACGUCAUGACGACGCCGCCGGCCGUCCACGGCCAGGAUUUCCUCCACUAUUUCUAUGUCGACCAGGAGACGACACCGGUCGACGACCCGGCGCUGGCGCUCGAGUUCCAGGCGAAGCUGUUGGCGUUUUCUGCGCGGGGAGGACGUGGACUGGCCGGUGUAUGGCGCCGACCAGCGCCUCUUCAACAUCACGGACUCGUUCGAGGCGACGACCUUGCCGGAUAGGUGUCGGGAGCGCUGCGAGCUGGUGCAUCGGCUUGUGCUCGAUCCGGCGAAUGGUGC